CCGCGCUGGCCGGGGAAGGAAGCGAGCGAGGCAGACGCUGCGGGCUCCGGGGAGACGUCGCGGCCUGGCCGCCUGGGUGCGAUGUCAACAGCAGAACAGCAACCAACGGAGGCCUCUCAAUCCUCUAACUCUAAUUCAUCCAGCUACUAUGAAGCAGUGGAAACAAAUGAGGCAAAUAAGUAUGAGCCAGUUGCUCCCCAUUGGUUUUAUUGCAAAGAAGUAGAUUCCAAAGAGAGAUGGAUUCCUUUCAGUAAACAAGACUCAGAGAAGUUGGAAAUUGCCCAUCUAUCCAGCAAGCACUGCGAUGAACUAGUUGUCCCAACGGAAGGGGGAAGAUACGAUGUGCAUUUGAAGAAGAGGCUACGGUAUGCUGUUUUCUGGGAGGAAUCUGAGUCUGAAGUGAGACGCUGCACUUGGUUUUAUAAGGGAGAGAAAGACAACAGAUAUAUUCCAUACCCUGAAAGCUUCAGUGAGGAGUUGGAGGACACCUAUAUGAUCUGUGUGACCUUAGAUGAGUGGAAAAAGAAACUGGAAUCCCCAACUAGAGAAAUAAUCAUAUUGCAUAACCCAAAGUUGAUGGUACAUUACCAUCCAGUAGCAAUCACUGAUGACUGGGGCACAAGCUCCACAGAACAAGGCCGGCCAAGAACUGUGAAGAGAGGAGUGGAAAAUAUUUCUAUAGAACUCCCUAAUGGGGAACCUUUGCAAAUAGAUCAUUUGGUUUUUGUUGUUCAUGGAAUUGGCCCUGCCUGUGAUAUUCGGUUCCGAAGUAUCGUCCAGUGUGUCAAUGACUUCCGCAACGUUUCCUUGAACAUGCUGCCAGCGCACUUCAAGAAAGCUCAGGAGCAGCAACACAUUGGCCGGGUAGAAUUCCUCCCAGUGAACUGGCACAGUACUUUGCAUACCGGAGUGGAUGUAGACUUGGAGAGAAUCACCUUGCCGAGCAUCAAUCGCUUGCGUCAUUUCAUCAAUGAUACCAUACUGGAUGUUUUCUUCUAUAAUAGCUCCACCUACUGUCAGACUAUUGUGGAUACAGUUGCUUCAGAAAUGAACCGGAUCUACUUGCUCUUCUUGGAGAGGAAUCCUGACUUUAAAGGGGGUGUCUCAAUAGCAGGUCACAGUUUAGGGUCACUUAUAUUGUUUGAUCUUCUCACAAAUCAAAAAUGCACACCUGAUGGAGAGGAAGAUAAAAAUGAGGGGUCACAAAUGCUAGCAACUGGCUAUGAAGACAAUGGCUCUGUGCGGGACAUUUUGACAGAACUUGAGCUUUUGGAAUACUGCUCUAUAUUUGAGAAGGAGAAAGUGGACAGACAAGCACUGGCCUUAUGCACGGAAAAGGAACUUAAAGGCAUGGGAAUUCCUUUGGGACCCAGGAUGAAAAUUCUGCACUAUCUAAGAAACAACAUCAGCAACCAGCAUUCUCAAGUGCAGGCCCCUACAGCUUCUGGGGAAGGUGGAGAUGCCAAACAGGAGGCAGCUGAAAAACCCACACAUGAAGAGAUGAGUUGUCGACGUUUGGAUGUUGUGACAGGGCAGGUUACUGCAAACUACCCACAGCUAAUCUACAAGCCACAGAUCUUCUUUGCCUUUGGGUCCCCCAUUGGGAUGUUCCUCACAGUUCGAGGUGUAAAUAGGAUUGAUCCGAGCUACAGACUGCCUACUUGCAACGGCUUCUUCAAUGUCUUUCAUCCUUUUGACCCAGUGGCAUACAGGAUUGAACCCUUGAUUGUCCCGGACGUGGAGUUUGAGCCCAUGUUGCUUCCUCAUCACAAAGGCAGGAAGAGGAUGCAUUUAGAGCUGAAGGAAGGCCUUACACGGAUGAGCAUGGACCUCAAAAACAACUUGCUGGGCUCUUUGAGGACGGCCUGGCAGUCGUUCACCCGGACUUCAUUGCCAGCUGUGGAGGCAGGAGCUCCUGUAGAGGCUGAACACGAAUUGGAAGCUGAAGCAAGUUCAGAGAAGCAAAGUGAGGAGAAACCAGAGGAGCCAGCCACAGCGGUGAAAGAAGAGCCCACUCCCAUUAAUGUGGGCAUGCUGAAUGGAGGCCACCGCAUUGACUAUGUGCUUCAAGAGAAGCCAAUUGAAAGUUUUAAUGAGUAUCUGUUUGCACUGCAAGGCCAUCUCUGCUACUGGGAAUCGGAGGACACAGUGUUGUUGGUGCUGAAAGAGAUUUAUCAAACAAUGUGCAUCAACAUGGACCAGCCUCUUCUGUAAAGUGACUGACCAGCUGCCCUGGCCCAGUUACCAAAUACGUACUCCACAGUGAAAGCUCAUUGGGACUCGUGUCCGCCUUCCUCUUCUCUCAUUUGUUGCUGAUGUGCCCAGCAUGCUUCUCACUCCCUGCCUGGAGUUCUGGAGAGACCAUCACCCCAGAAAAUGCAGCAAGCACUGGAUAUCACUACCUAACUCUUGACUGCACCUGGUGUUCACUUACUCUCCAGAAUACAUCCUAUGGUUAAGAGGCCAGUGUGUGUCACGUUGCAAUGCCACCUGCAUCAAGCCUAGCUAUGCACUAGAUGGGGCUAGGAAUCGGUGCUAGAACAUCACCUCUUUUCUUCAGUUGCAAAGCCCUGAUUUUGGAUAUCGAAAUGAAAAAAGGUGGAUAUCAUACUUCGCUAAGUAAAGCGGUGAGGGGGCUGGAUGUAUAGAAAUCCUUGUUCUGUGACCACAUUGGACAUCCAGCAUCAGACAUUUUUGUUUUGGGUAGUGGGUUUUUGGUUUUGCACACCUUAUUGUUCCUGCUUUGCCCAACAGGUGGAACUACAGACCAAAGCAAAAGGCUGCUCAAACAAAACCAAAGUUGCUGCAGGAUAAUACAUGGCAAUCGCCAUGUAUUAACCUGUAGCAACUUUGCACAGCAGGCAAAAGUCCAUAGCCAUUCAGCCAGGAAGAAACUGACAGUCGCUGCAAAUUUGUUCCUGUUUACACUCGCAAGGUGUAGAAGUGAUUCCUCUAAUUAUGGUAUUAUUUACCCUCUGCUUAGUUUAAUUGUUAUCUAUAUGGCUUUAGCAUACUGAAGAGGCUCGUGACCCGUUGAAUGACUUGGUUGCCCCUGCUGUGUUGAGAGUUAUUCCAGGUGUAGUGCCGUGUGCAGGCAGUUGUGCAACAAGGGAGAGAGAUUGAAUGGUUGGAAGGCUUUUGUCCUAGUUCUGUUGCUUUCUUCCAGUUCGGUUCAGUAAACAUAGGAUACCUUGCUCCAAGUGUUUUGAAAGAAGGAAACAGUGCUUUGCAGAGAUCCUUUGGUUCUUGUUGGCAUCACACCAGGAUGCCAACAAGAACCAAAGGAUCUCCGUGACUGACUUCCACUGUCUUGGGCUAAUUCUGAUCUCAUUGAGGGGUGGGGGUAGGAAGCCUGGAUCAAGGGGAAGAGUGGAGCUAGUAUAGCAUAUAGGCAGCAGCUUGAUACAGCACAUUGGGAGCUACAUUUGAGGAGGUCCCAGCAAGCAGCUAAGAGCAAUGAGACCCACCCUGUACAGCUUGCGACUGCUUCCCUGAAGAGCCUGGUGGCAACUUAAAAACAGGCCUGUGCCUAUUUAGUACCUAUGCAAUAGAUUGUGUGUUAAAUCACUGGGUAGCAGCACCAAUUCCUCAAGACCUCUGGUGAGUAUAGAGGAAGAAAUAGAUUCUUGCCCCAUUUGCUACUGUGGCUUGGAUGAGGAAAGGAGUAGUGGGGGAAAUGCCUGCUCUUUGUUCUACAAACUGCACUGCAAGCGAGAACCCACCUGGCACUGUUGGGGAGUCCUCACCAGAGAGUAACAGGUGAGUGGAACUGUAAAUGCCUCAGUAACUGGAUCUGCAUAGCAAUUGGAUUCGCUUCAGCGCAUCCCACUCUGUUGUUAUGCUGCAAAGCUGAUGAAAUAGUUCUGGAGUUUCAUGGUAAAUGUAGGUUAGGCCCUGAAGCCUGGAUAUACAGUCACUGUGUAGUGGUGAUCCACUUCACCUGCAUCUCGGCAUGACCAUUGGGUACUCUGAAGCGUUGCAUGGCCUCUAUGGGUUUGCUCAUAUUUUCAGGGAACUCCUACAAGGGCAACAACAGCGUGUUCACAACUGGGAUGUGAUCGUACUGUAUUCUCUCUGUACUGUGUCUCAAAACUCUCUGCCAGUAUUCGACUUGAUUAUUCUCUCCAUGUGUUUGCACAAUUUGUUCCUGCAUUGUUCAUCGCCUCAUCCACUAACACUACAGUUGUGACUGAGCAGUGCCAUUUGGCAUGACCAAAUUCUGCAUUAGAACUUCUGUAGCAACAACCAGCCUUGGUCAGUGAAGUCCUCAACAGAAGUUGAAGUUUAUGCACUUUGUAUAAUAUGUCUAUUUAAAAAAAAGAAGUCAUUUAACUUUUUUCAGUAAA